CAGGGAGAUGACCAAAUCGCUUGAUUUCCUCAUUGAGCAAAGGAGUGAAGACAAUGACAUUUUGGACAGUAAUGAGUAUGUCUUUGCAAGACAGAAUUCAGAAUCCCAUCUCCGAGGUUCAGACUGUUUGAGGAAGUAUGCGGCUGCAAGUGGGGCAAGGAAGCCUGAAACACUCACAUCAACCUACCUGAGGAAACAUGUGGCUACAAUGAGUCAGAUCAUGAACCUUAAAGAAAAUGAGUUGGACCAACUCGCUAAAUUCAUGGGACAUGAUAUUCGUGUUCAUCGUGAAUAUUACCGGCUAACAGAGAACACACUUCAACUUGCAAAGAUUAGCAAGCUGCUCAUGGCAAUAGAACUCGGAACUGAGGCCUACAAAGGCAAAUCACUCGAUGAGAUUGAUUUAGGCCUAGAAAUUCCUCCAUCUUCAGAAGUGGGAGCUGUACAGGAGUCACAAGUCAGUGGAAAUGAUCUGGAGAUCUUCAAUGAGAGGUCUUUCGAAGACUCAGAUGAAGAAGUUAACAUUCUGACUCAAAAGUCUGUGACUCGAAGACCAUUGGAUGAGAAGAAAAGGACUGAGAAAACAGGAAAGAGACAAAAGAGGGUUUCUGAGCCUGCUGAAGAUUCAGAUGAGGAAAUAGAUGUUCUGACUCAAAACACUGUGACUGGAAGACCAUCGGAUGAGAUGAAAAAGAGUGAGAAAAGAGGAAAGAGACGGAAGAGAGUUUCUGAGCCUGUUGAAGAUUCGGAUGAAGAAAUAGAUGUUCUGACUCAAAACACUGUGACUGGAAGACCAUCGGAUAAGAUGAAAAAGAGUGAGAAAAGAGGAAAGAGACGGAAGAGAGUUUCUGAGCCUGUUGAAGAUUCGGAUGAAGAAAUAGAUGUUCUGACUCAAAACACUGUGACUGGAAGACCAUCGGAUGAGAUGAAAAAGAGUGAGAAAACAGGUCUGAAUCCACAAUUUCGCAAGAAAAAAAAAUGCCAUCGCAGGCCUUGGAGUUCUGAAGAAAAGGCAGCAGUGUGGCGACAGCUGGGACGGUACAUCACUCUGCAGAGAGUUCCUGGUAAAGAACUGUGUGUCAAGGCUAUUGAAGCAGAACAGAUGGCAGAAUUAGGCUACGCCAAAACCCGCCUGCUGACUGAAUGA